CAUGAGACUCCGCCCCCUUUGGCCCUUCUAUCAGGUAAUUCAAAGUCUCCAGGUCUCCAAGUUACUGAUUAACCCUGGGUUUCGAGUAAAGUAAUAAUAAUAACUGAAGGGGAGGACGUAAGCUGAGAAGCAAGCUGGACAACCAGGAGAGAAAGAUGCCAGACGUCUGCUGUCAGCAGGUACCUGGAGAGAGCAGAGAGGAGGCUGGAGGCGUCUCCACAGGGCCAGAAUCCAUGCAAGUUCCGGCAGCACCGGUGGACACUCCUUGCGGAUGCCCCUGCCCAGAACAGCCUCAUCUCAGCAACUCCGUACCCAGAAUAUCCUGCACUAAGGCCCCCCAGCCUAUCUCAGCAGGUGCCACCACCACGACCACCAUCAUUGCCUUGGGACCCACUGGGCGCCUCAGCAUCUCUAUGGAGGCUGACCUGGAAUGCUUGGUGUGCAGAGAGCCUUACAACUGUGCCCGGUGCCCCAAGCUGCUGAGCUGUCAGCACACCUUCUGUGCCGUGUGCCUGAAGCUUCUGCUCUAUGUGCAGGAAGACACCUGGUCCAUCCCCUGUCCACUGUGCCGAAAGGUCACCGCUGUCCCAGGAGGUCUUAUCUGCAGCCUGCGAGACCAGGAGGCGAUGGUGAGGCGGCUGGCCCUGCCAUACCCAGAGGUGCGCCUAUGUCCCCAGGGGCUAGUGGGUUCUGCCUCUUCAGCAGCGCGGCCAGCCAACUGGACAGGAGAAGAUGAUCAGGACAUAGUGAAUGUGAACCGUGUCGCUGCCCGGCGCCUGGCCGUACACCUGCUCUUGUUGGCUCUUCUCAUUGUCCUCAUCCUGCCUUUCAUCUACCCUGGCAUCAUCCGGUGGGUGCUGGCCAUUAUCAUCGCCCUGGCACUGCUGAUGUCCACCUUGUUCUGCUGUCACCCUCACAGCCAGAGCAGCAACUGGCCUUGCCCCAGGACUCUGUUCUGCAGAAAACAAAAGCAAGCCCAGAUCACUUCUAUUGCCUAAGAGAUCCGGAUCCCUACAGGACCAGCGCUGCCAUGGCUCCCCCUUCCCCAGAUCUUAUAACCCAAACGGGAAAGGGGCUAAGAGCCUCCCUUCGAAAUCACAUGCGAACUGGACUUGAAUGCCAAAGCCAGACUGGCUGUGUUGGAUCAAGGACUCAGUGCGGGGACGAUGGGCUUGGACCUGUCUGCCUGCCCUUGUGUAGCAUAGCUCAACUUUUAGGGGGGAAAGGGAGGAGACAAAUUCCCUGAAUGAGUGACUUCACAGGUGGUGGGGUCCCUACCCCUCUUCCUGAG